UCGCCGAGGGGGCCCCGAGCGCUCCGUGCGGGAGAACAAAAAAGGCAGCGCCAGCGAGGACGGCCAGGCUCGGCGCCGCGAUCGCCCGCCCGCCUCUCCCGCUCGCGUCUCCGGGGAAGCCCCGCGGCCCAAAGUAGCCGCAGCAGCAGCCGCAGCAGCAGCGCCGGCGCCGCCCCGCCGGGCUCCACUCCGCGCGUGGACGGGACCACUCCGGCCCCGGGACGGGGAUCGCUGCUGCGGCCGAGACAGCUAUGCCGGGCUCCUCCGGCCCGCCUCCGAGCCCGGGAGGCGGCCUGCUGCUGCCGUUGCUGCUCCCUGGCCAAGUCCGUCCAACUUCGUGAGCUGUGCGGGCGGCCGAGGAAGAGCCCGUCGUCGAGGGAGCCGAGCGGGAGCGCAGACGCCGCGUGGAGGCGGGUGGCCUCCGGGCAGGAGCCGUCUCGGGCUCGGCGUCUUCCCGCAGAGAGAGCCGAGGGGGCGGGCGGCGGCGACUCCGGCCGGCGGGCGCUUUGCCUGCCCCUCCCGCGCCGUCGGCCUUCGGGGCUGCCGCUCUAUGCCGUUGCUGCGUUUCCUGAUGCGGCAGCGCGGCUGCCGACCCUCGGCGAGUGGCUGGACCGGCCGUGCGAGCCCUUGGUCCGGGCGCCGACGCCGGCGACGCCGCGGCGGUAGCAGCAGCAGCAGCAGCCUCAGCCCCCGCUGGCUCCCCUGCAUGCGGCGCCCGUCCGGGAGGGUCUGACCCGGAGCCAGCGAAGGGCAGCCCGGGCGAAGCGCAUGUUCAGGUCCAAACGGGCAGGGCUUGUGCGGCGCCUUUGGAGAAGCCGGGUGCUCCCCGACGGCGGCGGCGGAGGAGGAUCGGGCGGAGGAGAUGCGGGGAGCAGCAGCCUCAGGAAGAACGAGGAGGCCGGCGGCAGCGAGGGGAGGCGCCCGGUGACCUGCGGAGGCGCCGUCGAGGAGCCGGCCGCUCCGGAGGGCUCCAUGAUGCGCGGAGACGGCGACCCCCUACCGGAGGAGGCCGAGGAAGCGGCGGCGCAGGAGGCCGGGGGCGGCGGCCAGAAGGAAGGAGGCUUGUGGGCUCAGGAGAGCGACGGCCGGACGGUGAGCUGCUGCCUCUUCAAGGAGCGGGGCUUGGACGGCGCCGCCUGCCCCGACGGCCGCUCCCGCCUGACGCUGCUAGAGCAGGAGCUGAAGAGCGUCACUUACUCGCUCCUGAAGCGCCUCAAGGAGCGCUCCCUCGACAGUCUGCUGGAGGCCGUCGAGUCCCGCGGAGGGAUGCCCAGCGGCUGCGUCCUGGUCUCCCGGGCCGAGCUGGAAGGACGUCUGGGCGGCCAGGCGGCCCCGCCGCAGCUGCUCCUGGGCAAACUCUUCCGAUGGCCGGACCUCCAGUGCCCUGCCGAGCUGAAGCCGCUGUGCGAGUGCCGGAGCUUCGGCCUCCCCGAAGGGCCCACCGUCUGCUGCAACCCCUACCACUUCAGCCGUCUGUGCGGGCCAGAAUCGCCACCCCCUCCUUAUUCCCGGCUGUCUCCAAAGGAUGAGCAAAAGCCAUUGAACCUUUCAAAUUCCACGUUGUCCUACACUGAAACGGAGGCUACAAAUUCACCCAAUGUCAUCGCUGGAGACUUUUCUGAUGCCAGCACAUCGCCUGAUGCCAUGAAACACAGCCACUGGUGCAGCGUUGCCUACUGGGAGCAUCGGACACGCGUGGGGCGCCUCUACCCAGUGUACGAACAGUCUGUCAGUAUAUUUUAUGACCUACCUCAAGGAAACGGCUUCUGCCUCGGACAGCUCAACCUGGAGAACAGAAACGAGACGGUCCAGAGGACUCGGAACAAGAUCGGAUAUGGGAUUUUGCUCAGCAAAGAAGCGGACGGCGUGUGGGCUUACAACCGGAGCGAACACCCGAUCUUCGUCAAUUCCCCUACCCUGGACAUUCCCAGCUGUCGAACCUUAAUCGUGCACAAAGUGAUGCCAGGGUACUCGAUCAAGGCCUUCGACUACGAGAAAUCCUCUCUCUUGAAGCAUGCCACUGACUUAGAGUACCCAGAUGGACCCUACGACCCGAACAGUGUCCGGAUCAGCUUUGCGAAAGGCUGGGGGCCCUGCUACUCCAGGCAGUUUAUCACCUCUUGUCCGUGCUGGCUAGAAAUUCUGCUCAACACAAACAAUAGAUAGCUGUUGGAUGCUGAGGAUCGAAGCCCCGGAGACCCCAAAUAUCAUCUACCUAGAUUUAAUAUAAAGUUUUAUAUAUAUAUAUAUAUAAAUAUAUAUAUAUUAUAUGAAAAUAUAUAUAUAUUAUACUUGUAAUUAUGGAGUCAUUUUUACAAUGUCAUUAUUUAUGUACGGUGCAAUGUGUAUAUGGACAAAAAAAUGGAAAAUGCACUUUGGCUAAAAGUCUUUCAGUACUACAGUUGUGUUUUUUAAAAAAAAUGAUUGAAAAAAUAUACAGCAAAUAUUGGAGUAUUGCCAGGAUUUUGGCUGUAUAGUUUUUUUUAAAAAAAUAGUAAUAUCCAGGCCAAAAGCUAGUACCAGUUGCUCAUUAAUAAUAAACUAUUUGCAUUUA